GAAACUUCUGCCUUGUCUUCAGAACUACAACCAUGUCGUACCCAGGAUAUACUACUAGUAACCUGUCCCGUCGCCAAUCAAUUGGCUAUUCCUCAACUCCUGGCCCUGUCACGUUUCCAUACAGCGAAUCGCAUGCAGGGCUUUACAACGAUCCAAUGAUGCCAGGGUAUCGUGACGAGCAUUAUCCACAUCCUUCGUAUCAAAUAUAUGGUCCCCCUGCGGCAAGUAUGAGCCAGCACCACCUCCCUCUUACAUCUUAUGAUGAUAUUGGACUCCGUGAUGGAUAUUAUCCGGAAGAUCGCCACUUAAAUGGCAUAUAUCCUCCAGUCGUACAACCCAUGUCUAUUGGGCGUCGCAGCCGAAGGUCGUCAUCGAUAUCAUAUUCGAGCAGACCGAACUUCCUGGACAAUUAUCAUCGGUCGAGUACCAUAGUCAAGUUCAAGCGUAAAGGAGCGUUCCGAGGAGGCAUCACCCUCGGAGAAGCUCAGGCGAAUGUUCGUUUAUCUGGCAACGAAUCCUAUAGCUUUCAUGAAUUGGGUGUAGAUCACAGAGGUCGGAUGAUGAUGAGAGUCAGAUGGUCUGGUUAUACACCUCUGACUUACGAGAUACCCAUAGAUGGGUAUGAUGGGAGAAUUAAUUUGCAGACGCUUGCAAGAAGAGUCGCAAGGGCUGUUGUGCACUUCCUCCAGGCCAAUGCUAUUCCUAUUCACUGGGAUCGUGUUGAGCUUCAUAGUCUCGAGGAGAUAUCACAUGGCCUUUGGCAGCCAAAAUUGAUGACCACGAAUUGAAGUCCUUAUUUUGGAUUUCUUCCCAGGUCUUGCUUUGUUUAUUUGUUGAAGUUCCCACAUGCGUAUCGAUCGCCACCUUGUUGAUGAGUCUCUCUUCAACUCCCUUUUUGCAUAAUUUACCACCGGCCGCCCCCUCCCGGUUGUACUAGUAUACCCCUGUGUAUCAUAUGAUCUACUUUUUUUUAAACAUAGCACUGUACGGCGUGGAUGGACACUGGGGCAUUGAAUAGUAUAUGCUCACGAUGUACGGUAGUCUGUAUGAAUGAUAUUAUUUUGUUUCCAGGAAUCAAAUCCAGUCUAUAACU